UUGGUAUGUGUGUAUCUACCUCUAUAAAUAGAACUUAUUAAAACGAAAACAAACAUUGUACUACAGAAAUUUUGAAUUAACCAGACGUGUUCAGUGCUUGCUACUUGAUUGAUCGCGUGUGCUAAAUUAAUCUAAUUAAUUAUUACUUAUAUCAAUCAUCAAAAGUUCUGCCCUCGUUUUGUAGAUACCUACGACCUAACUACUCAACAAAAAUGAAUAACAACAACAACAGGAAUAAUAACAAUGGUAACAACAAUGACCCCAAUCCUUGGGUAACAGCAGCCGCUGUGGGCCUGACUGGGGCCCUGGUCGCAGGAGCUGUGUACAUGUUCAGUGGCACCAGGCAACCUCAGCAACCAUCUACCCAGAAUCAGCCAAGGAUAGAACCCACAAGGUCUUCUCCCUCACGUGGUAGUGAGAGACCUAAUAAUCCAUCCGAGGUCUCAUCAUACCUGUCCGAUUUGUUGAGCAGCAUGAGCACAUCACGGGGAGGUUCUGCAUCUAAUGUGACUAUUGAAGAGAUACCAAACAUCCCGGACAAUCCAAACAUUAGCAACCUCAAUGCUUUGCUAGCAGACAUUCAUGUUAGAUACAUAAAGCUAACUCAGUUUGGUAUCCACUACAGAGUUUUUGAUACCAUUUUCCAAGAUCUACAUAAGAAGAUGAAAGAAGUAGAUCCAUACUAUAGGAAAUAUUCGAGCACGGUGCAAUUCGCUGGCAGCCACUACGAUAACUUGCGCAUCGUUAAACCAGACGAGUUUGAUAUGGACAUUGUGAUUGGCUUGCCUUUGAACAUCAAGACGGAUCCCUUCAACCCUGCACAGAGUGACAUUGCCAUCGAGCCCAAGGCGCCAGGGUUCGUGCAACUCAAGAUGGGUGUGCAGUUCCAACGCCUGCCAAUGAGGGACAACGAAGAGUGGCUCAACAACCGCGCCGCCUACGAAUGGAAAGACGACUCCAACUACCUCCUACGCUCCAAGUUCACUGACUGGUUCAAGAGCGUAGUGAACAAGGCCCUCAACAAAUUCCCAAUGAAUAUCAACUCGCGUCCUAUCGCCUACGUGGAGGGGGUGCCCUAUGUCAUAGACAAGUCGGGGUCUGGGCCGGCGUUCACCUUGUUAAUCAGUAACGCUUCGAAGAGUUUCAAAUUGGAUGUUGAUUUAGUGCCGUGUCUGAAGUUUCCGGAGGAUCGGUGGCCGAUAAGCAGCAGUUACCGUGAAAUACCGUCUCGUUGUAAGAAAGACUACUGGAUGGUGGUGGGCAAGCCGAACAAGGCGUCUCCGGUGGUUUUCGACCAAAUGCGUUCGUGGCGCAUCGCUCUGCACAACCAGGAACGAGAGCUCAUGCACAAUUCUUACAACCUGCGACAGGCCAUCCGAUUUAUUAAAAAGUUGAGAGACUCGCUUGGCAUGAAAAAAAUUGCGAGUUACUAUAUCAAGACCUUGUUUUUCUGGGAGAUAGAAAAGAUUAACAACUCGGACUAUUGGCAGAGGAACAGCCCUGCGACUUUGUUUAAGCUCAUGGUUGGCAGGUUGUACGAAGCCCUGGUUGCUGGUAACAUCCCAUACUUCUGGAACAAGCAGAACAACCUCAUAGGUGCAGUUGAAAGAAAAGUUCUAGAUGACUACAAAGCUAAAUUGCAACCCCUUUUGGCAAUAUUAGAACAGCCAACACAGUAUAAGUUGGUAGCCAAAUAUUUACUGACACCUGCCGAAUUCGCUGAUUAUAAUGCCAGGUUUUUACAUAUUUGAUCAAUGCUCCUAUUUUAUACUUUUAUAGUUAUUGGCACGAAUCUUGAGCUCUGACCUUCACCUCAUCAUCCUCCGAGCCUUUUUCCCAAUCAUGUUGGGGUCGGCUUCCAGUCUAACCGGAUUCAGCUGAGUACCAGUGCUUUACAAGAAGCGACUGCCUAUCUGACCUCCUCAACCCAGUUACCCGGGCAACCCGAUACCCCUUGGUUAGACUGGUGUCAGACUUACUGCACUGACACCAGUCUGACCUUCACCUGCGCAGAAGUAAUUUAUUGGGUCCCUUUUGAGGUAUGAAGUGAGGCGCGGGGGCGGGCUAAAGCGUUGAUUGGCCCGCAGCAAAUCGCAUCAUAGCCGUCACUCGGGAUUGGUUCUUAUAAAUCACUUCUGCGCAGAUGUAGGUCAGAGCUCAAGAUUCGUGCCGACUACUAUAUUGCAACUACUUCUUAAGUAAAACAUAAUAUUUAAGCAUAUAUAAUUUGCAGCUAUACAAUAAAGCUUAGAUUCACAUACGUACUGACUGAUAAUGAAUUUUAAUUCAUUGAAAUAGAAAGGUGCAUUUUCAUUCCUCUAUUGCAUUUACUUUACUAUAACUUAACUUUUCUUUAUUUUAAUAAGUGUUCAAUUUCUGCAUUGAGCUAGAUAUAGAGACGUAUUAUUUUAUUUUUAUUGUCGGUAGAAUAUUUAUAAACCUAUCUAAAAUAAAAUUCUAAUGACAUAGUGUAGCCAAUAGUGCCUUUAUGGUUACUGAUGAAUCAAUGAUGAAUGAACGUGAUUUGCUUGAUAAUCAAGUAUGAUAUGUAAUCAAAAUUAUAGUUAUAUGAACCUUAGUUUUUGCAGCAUUGUAAAUUGUUCCUGCAUACUUGGAUUACAGAUAUAUUCAGACCCCUUU